GUUAUUCUAGUUUUAAUCUAAAUCACUAGACAUCUAUCUAUGAGUUAGUCUAGAUCUAGACACUACAUCUAAUCUAGAUCUAGAUCUAGAUCUACAUCUAGACUAUAUAAUCUAUAAUAUACUAGAUCUAGUCUAGUCACUAUAUUGACUAAAGUCUAGGUUCUGGGCAAAGUGUAGAUCUAGCAUUACUGGUCACUGGUUUCACAAACCAAGACUCACCAACACCAUGUCUAUUCAGUUGCAAGCUGCGCAAAAGGGUCAAAUGCUUGUUUUGGCAGGGACUUCACAUCCUGAGCUAGCACAAUUAGUAGCAAGUAAACUUGGAAUCCGCCUAGGAGAGAUUACUAUAUAUCAUAAACAAAACAGGGAAACUCAGGUAGAAAUCAAAGAGUCUGUUAGAGGAAAGGAUGUCUACAUUAUACAGACAGGUACAAAAGAUACCAACAAUGAUAUCAUGGAACUCAUGAUCAUAGCCUAUGCCUGUAGGACUAGUGCUGCCAACAGUAUCAUUGGUGUAAUUCCUUAUCUGCCUUAUUCUAAGCAAAGUAAAAUGAGAAAAAGAGGCUGUAUUGUCGGAAAGCUGGUGGCAACGAUGUUAGGAAAAGCUGGCUUCUCACAUGUAAUUACAAUGGAUCUCCACCAAAAAGAAAUUCAAGGAUUCUUCAGUUUUCCAGUUGAUAACCUUCGUGCAUCAGCAUUUUUAAUUGACUACAUUCAAACAUCUCUGCCUGAUUAUAGAAAUGCAGUAAUUGUAGCAAGAAAUCCAAAUUCAGUCAAAAGGGCAACCUCUUAUGCUGAGCGUCUUCGUCUUGGUAUUGCUGUGAUCCAUGGUGAGGAGAGAAUGGCAGAGUGUGAAGAGGAUGAUGGUAGGACCUCACCUCCACUCCAAGAUAACACUCAAGUCAAGGAUGCUUUUGGUUUAGAAUUGCUACCACAGGUGGCAGCUAAAGAAAAACCUCCAUUCAAUGUUGUUGGAGAUGUUGGAGGAAGAAUUGCUAUCAUUGUGGAUGACAUGAUUGAUGAUGUUGUAGCAUUUGUCAAAGUGGCUGAAAUACUGAAAGACAGGGGAGCUUAUAAAGUAUUGGUAGUGGCUACCCAUGGAAUCUUGUCAUCUGAUGCUCCUCGACUAAUUGAAGACUCUAGCAUAGAUGAGGUGGUUGUGACUAACACCAUCCCCCAUGAGGUACAAAAGAUGCAGUGUCACAAAAUCAAAACAGUAGAUAUAAGUGUUCUUCUGUGUGAAGCAAUCAGACGUAUCCACAACAAUGAAUCCAUGUCCUAUCUCUUCAGGAAUGUUGGCCUAGAUGACUAACAAAACAAGAAAAAGGAAUGGAUCAAAUAAGCAACAUUUUAUUUUCAUGUAACAGUAAUGAACAAUUCCUUCAGUUUCCAGGCACAAUCACAUAGACAUUUUGUACAGAUGAACACAACCAUGAAUUUCUCCAACUAAUAAACUUUGCUCAGACUUCAUGACAGACAGCGCUGUUGUUGUAUGAGACUUGGAAUGACAUACUAGCUUUCCAUUUUGACACUUCCAGAGACAGAAAGAGCCUGUAUCACUUAAAGCUACCACUAGUCCUACCUCUUGUUUGGCACUCAUAGUACUGGAGAAAUAAAGAGACUGAUUGAUUUUCAAAAAUAUUCCUUUCAAAUGAAACAAUUUAUAGAUUUUGUUAGAAACUCAUAGCUUACCUUUUCCAGCUGUUGUUAGGCACAUUAUAAGUUUUGAUCAGUCUAAUUGAACCAUUGCAGGGAUUAACAGCAAGGAGUCCCCCACACCCUAUAUCUACUCUCCACAUAGUUUCAAGAAAUACAGUUCCCUGUCAUGAGUUCAAUGAAAAUUAUUUUUCAUUUAAAUUUUUUUCUCAAUAUAAAACAGAACUAUAUACAUGUAUUUCAUUAUACAACAAAGUUUUUUUUUUAUUGUGUGUUUAUAAUUUGCUUCUGGUGGAUGACAUUUUUCUAUAUCACAAGAAAUUAACCAAGGAAUAAACAUAGUUGUUAGCUUACUUGACAAGUUUUUGCCUUGAGAAGUUUAGUUAAACAUGGAACACUGGCUGGUAACUGAAUUGUUUUGAUGGCAAUACCACUGUUUGUGUUCCUGAUAGACAAAUCAUUAGAACAUUAAAACAUUUCUAGUAUAGGGAUAAUACGAUAGAAGUUUUAUAUAUAUUUUUUUCUACAACUGUUCAGUCUUACAUUUUGUAUUAAGUGGUUAAUAUUUGUUAAUCUUAUUGAUUGGUACUUGACAAGUGUGUGUCUCAUUAUAAACAAGUUAGAACUUGAAAUGGCUUGCAAGUCAAAUAAUGCUUUAGACAAACACAAAAUGUAUUGUCAAUCGUAUAUUAAAAACAAUGUUCUAUUUUGCACUAUGUUGUUUAUUUGUUUGGACUUUUCCAGUCUGUACUUCAUUAGAAAUAAAGGAAGAAAUCCCUACCUACCAAA